AUGCUGGCCUGUACAGAGAUGAUCACCAUGUGUCUUCAAUCUGCCAAGCACGAACACUUGAGAAAGCAGCAGGAGCUUGAUCACAACCAGAAUCAAAGCAGCUCUCUUUUCCAGGAUAUAUUCCGCCGGGCUGACAAAAAUGACGACGGGAAGCUGUCUUUGGAGGAGUUCCAGUCAUACUUCACUGAUGGUGUCCUCACUGACGAGCAGAUGCAGGAGCUGUAUUUCUCCAUCGACAGGCAGCAGACAGACAACCUGGACAUAGACAAACUCUCAGAGUACUUCAGUCCACACCUGGGAGAGUACGUCAAUGUCCUGUCUGCUCUGGAAAAGCUCAACGUGGCCAUUUUAAAGGCCAUGGAUAAAACUAAAGAGGAGUAUCAGGGCUCCUCAGUGCUUGGUCAGUUUGUGACGCGCUUCCUCCUGAGGGAGACCUCCACUCAGCUGCAGUCCCUUCAGUCAUCACUGGACUGUGCUAUGGAGGCUGUUCAUGACCAGGGCUGCACAGGGAGGAGGAUAGUGAAGAAGCCUGAGGACCUGCCUAUCCAGAGGGUGGCCAAACGCCCGGGCCGACGCAUCCAGAAGAACAUGUGUCUCUCCCCUACAGACCCCUACUCUGGCAUGCUUACCACAGGGGUCAGCGUCGAGCCAGACAACCACUGGGGCUCCCAGAUCAACCAACUGGAACAGCUCAUAGACAAGCUGGAGUGUGAGAGUCCACAUCUUGAACCUCUCAAAGAAGACACAUUGGCAGGGACAUAUAAAUCGAACAUCCUCCUGAUCCAAAGACAAAUGUCUGUGAAGGAGAGGGAUGUGGAAACGUUUCAACAAGCUCUAAAGAUCUACACAGAUGCCACGACCAGCCAGCUAAACAACCUGCACGUUUCAGUCCAGAACCUGCCAGACAGAUCGUGUUUCAUCAUGUAUGAAUUUUGGCAGGAUCGUCUCUCCUGGAUGAGCUACCUGCAAUCGUCCAUCAGUAAGACCUUCCAACGCUGCAUUAUUGACUCACUGGAGGAACCGGAGAUGGUCUCCACCAUGCUCCUCCCAGCUUCUUGGUGGAUUAUGAACAACAACUGA